CAGUACACAAGUACCGAUUGAGCGAAGUGGUCGUCUUCUUGCGCUCCGUCGUCGGUCGUUCCACGUUUCACGCUGACCCGCCGUCCUCCGUGUUUGCUAUUCGGUUCCACGUUUUGUGCGCGCGACUUCAGUUAUCAUCAGACACUUCCCCGGUGGUGGUGGACGCCGCUCAGCCGCUGAACCAAUAGGCCUAACUGUGUAGUAUUUCGCGUUUCACCCUUUCUCGAAAGAAACUCACCGCGCCGCGUUUGUUUACGUCCAGUGCAGCAAAGGGAAACCAGUAAUAAACCGCUGCGUGGAGAAAUUGCCCAUCAUCGAUAGAGGCUCUCGAUACGCACGAUCGAAUAGUACGCACACCGGACGCAACUGUUGAUAACUCGCUGGAUAGUUGGAACGCGGAACGGGUGCCUUGUUUCGCUCGUGUCGUAAGCUCGGAGUGUGAAUCACGCGAGAGAGAGAGAGAGAGAGAGGCUACAUUAGUUAUCAUCGUCGUGGGCCCGUAAUAGUGGUUUGUUGAUCGCGGUUUCAGCAGCUGUUGUGAGCCACAUUUUACAGUGACGGGUGCGUCGCGUGAAGAGAGGAACACAUAAAAGGGAAAAAGGCUCACCAAAAUGUCCGUCACCUGGGGCUACACUCAGCAGAAUGGACCGCAGAAAUGGCCGGAAAUGUUCCCGCAGGCUCGGGGCCAGCGCCAAUCGCCGGUCGAUAUUGUCACCUCCAAAACGCAGCAUUCCGGCGAUCUGCAACAGCUUCCGUUGCGGUGGAAGUAUGUCCCGGAGAACACGCGCAGUCUGGUGAAUCCCGGAUACUGCUGGCGGGUGGACGUCAACGGCAAGGGCUCACUACUGACCGGAGGGCCCCUGCACGGCGAGCAGUUCGUACUGGAGCAGUUCCACUGCCACUGGGGCUGCUCGGAUUCGCGCGGUUCCGAGCACACCGUCGACGGGGAAUCGUUCGCCGGUGAGCUGCAUCUGGUCCACUGGAACCAGAGCAAGUACAAAAGCUUCGCCGAGGCCGCUGGCCACCCGGACGGAUUGGCCGUGUUGGGCGUGUUUCUGAAGGUUGGCAAGCCACAUCCGGAGCUGGACAUCAUCGCGCGUCUGCUUCCGUUCAUCACCCACAAGGGCGAUCGCGUGACUCUAACCCAACCACUCGACCCGGCCCGUCUGCUGCCGCAGGGUAAGGCUUACUGGACAUACCUGGGAUCGCUGACUACGCCACCGUGCUCGGAAUCGGUCACCUGGAUUCUGUUCAAGGAACCGAUCGAAGUUUCGAACGAGCAGUUGGAGCUGUUCCGCGAGAUGCGAUGCUACGACGCUGGCGAAGAGUGCCCAUGCGACGCCACCAUCAACAAGCAGUUCGAUUACGGAAAGGUGAUCAACAAUUUCCGUCCCCCACUGGAGCUCGGCAAUCGGCCACUGCGUGAAGUGGGCAGCCAUUAAACGUAGGGAAACGACCCAGCGAACACGGACAGACCCCGGACAGGAUCGGGUUAUUUUGAACAGACACUGUGGGCAAUUGUUUUUGGAGCAGUAACGAAAGAAAAGAAAACUUCGAUACGCGGUGUGAGGCGGGUGCGUGUGCGCAAAGCUUGCCAGGUCGAUCCGUGACCGACCCAGUGGUGCAGGAUGUCACCGCGCCGCGACACAACGUAUGCUAAUCGUGCUUUAAAUAAGAUUCGCUCGAUUGACCGAAUGGUGGCCUGAUGGGACGUAGAAUAAAAAAACGGCAGCACAGUGACACAGGAAAUUCUCAAUUCAGGUCCAGAGCGCGCCAUUUGAAGAUCGCUCGAACAAUCCUCCAUAAUAGGAACGGCGGAACUACACGGGAACGGAGAAGCAAUACGUAGAGCAUAGGGUUAAGAUGAAACUUGUUUUCAAGCAGUAGCCGUCACUUUAUGUAGUUGGAAAUAUUCAUAUUCAAAACGGUUUCAAGGUAACGCAACGCCACGGGGGAACAAGGGCAAAAUUGUUCAAACACUGUUGUGCAAAUGACAUAACAACCUGCAGACGCGCGCGCACCGUAAACAGAGUUUCGCCACCGGAAUCAAUUAUAUUUUGAAAAUGACCUGUACACGUUUGAAAGCAAGCCUGUGUCGGUACAAACAGAACUGGCGAGUAACAUAGUAUUGUUGAUUAUUAUUAAAUUGCGCCUGCAGGGGAGAGCAGAGGAAAAACGAGCUCGGUUGAGCCCCCACCUGAGCAGCGAUGGAAACCGCGACAACUAAAUAGUGAGCAGCAGUAUCAUAUGGCAGCCUGAGGGGCCGGAAAAAGUGCUGAUGGAAGUGCACCGGCAGAGAAAGUCAAUAAGUUAACAUAGCACAGCAGCGAAGAAGAAACGGCACCGAAAAACCGCAAAAUGGGGUGGAUUUUUUUGUUCUAAAUCAUAAAAUGUAUUGUGAAUGACCGUUAAGGUACAAACUGUUAUUUGUUAUUGCAAUGUCGUAGACAAGGGAAAUGGAUGCCUUAAGUAAUGAUUUUCGUGCGAAAGUUGUUCAGCAAUAGACGUGAAUAAAGUAGUCUGAGUGC